ACUCAAAAUCAGAGGUGCUACUAGAAUACACAAACGCAGUCGUUUUAAAUAUCUCCAACACUCCAGAGUCUUCACUACAGAAAGAAAAGGAAAAACCCCAAAAACCCUAAAAACUCAAGUCCAUUUCUUUUGGGAAAAGAAAAAAGCUCAAAAAUGGCCGGAGGUAGAUUCAGAGAACUCUUAAAGAAAUACGGAAAAGUAGCAUUAGGAGUUCACUUCUCAGUCUCAGCAGCUUCAAUAACAAGUCUUUACAUUGCAAUCAAGAACAAUGUUGAUGUCGAGUCACUUUUCGACAAAUGGCAUCUCCCUGGACUCUCAACAACCAAGACCUCCGAUAACCCAAAUUCGACACCUACCCAAGAUCAAGAAAUUAAAUCAGAAGAUGGAUUUGUGAUUGAACAGAAGGAAAGGAAUCGGACGGCUGAGCUUGCUGCUUCUACUGGUGGAGCCCUUGCUCUUGCUGUGCUUUGUAACAAGGCCUUGUUUCCAAUACGUGUGCCUAUUACUAUCGGUCUUACGCCUCCGAUUGCUAGGUUUUUGGCUAGAAGGAGGAUUAUCAAGAAUAGUGAUAUGAAAUUGGAUUGGAAGAAAGGGAUUUUGACUUGGGUCUGGUCCAAGGACUAGAGAAGAGAAAAACAAAGAAGAAGAAGAAUGAGAGGCGUGAUUUUUGUGGAGUUAAUGAACUUAAAAUCCUGUAGACUGAUGAAAGUUUAAUUGGGUUUUAUGAUUAUCCGAACCAAAGCAAUUGUAACAAUGUUCUUUAGAGAAAAAGCAUAACCACGUAACCUUAUGUUUUCCUCUGUUUUCCUAUUGAGACAAAUGAACUACAUCUUAUAAUAGUUGCUUUGCAUUUCACGUGUGCAUCAUCCA